CCAGGCACCACAGAGGCAGAGAGAAUGAUGAGCGAGAGGAGAGUGGCAGUGGACUUGCCCGCUGGAGCCAACUCCAACAUGCCCCUACAGAGGCACAGGGUGUCCCUCAGGGGGACACGAUCUCCAUCCUCCCUGGAGAGCCCCCCAGGAUCCAGGACCAGUGCUGUGGGUAGCCUCAUCCGUGCGCCUGGAGUCUAUGUAGGAGUAGCACCCAGUGGGUGCGUAGGUGGCCUUGGUGCCCGAGUGACGCGCCGGGCCCUGGGCAUCAGCAGUGUCUUCCUGCAGGGCCUACGGAGUUCAGGCCUUGCCACUGUGCCUGCUCCCGGCCCAGAAAGGGAUCACGCUGCUGUGGAAGACCUGGGGGGCUGCCUAGUGGAAUACAUGGCCAAGGUGCACGCUCUGGAACAAGUCAGCCAGGAGCUGGAAACACAACUGCGGGCUCACCUGGAGAGCAAGGCCACGCGCUCUGGAGGCUGGGAUGCCCUCCGAGCCUCCUGGGCCAGCAGCUACCAGCAGGUAAGUCCUCCAGCUCUGUCUCUAAAGGCUUGA